AUGCAACGCAGCGUGGCUGUUAUGCAUGAUGCGCUGGCUGCCCAUGAUUGGCAACUGAGUCUACCUGAUGAAAUCGACAAGCUCCGCCGUUCCGGUAUCAGCGACCAUGUGUCCUUGCCACAAAUUGCUGUUUGUGGAGAUCAAUCCAGCGGAAAGAGCUCCUGCCUGGAGGCUAUUUCGGGGAUACCAUUUCCGCGCAAAGAUACCUUGUGUACUCGCUUUGCCACCGAGCUUGUUCUUCGCAAAAGUCCCACGGAGUCGGUUGUUGUUGUCAAAGAUAGUAGGGUUGAUAGAACAGCUGUGACUCAAAGCCAACAAAGGUCUAAAAAGGAGAGCCAGGAACUCGCCAAUUUCCAGUACACACUGGAAUCAUUCGAUGAAUUACCUGCACUGAUAGAAUCCGCUAAAGUUGUUCUAGGGCUUGACAAGCCUGGGAGCGGAGUUUCUUCAGACAUACUUCGCAUUGAAAUUUCCGGCCCAACUCGACCUCACCUAACAGUCGUUGAUUUACCCGGCUUGAUCCAUGCCAAGAACGAUAAUGAGGAUGACGAAGAUGUAGACGAAGUGGUAUCUGAGUUAGUUCACUCAUACAUGCGCCGUCCAAGGACAAUCAUAUUGGCAGUAGUCUCUGCGUUGAACGACUGUGCUCUCCAGGCAGUGCUAAAGCGAGUCAAAGCAGUGGAUCCGCAUGGCAGACGCACAAUGGGCUUGAUUACAAAGCCAGAUACUCUGUUCAAAGAUUCCGAGAGCGAGAAAGACGUCGUGAAGCUAGCCUUGAAUGAAGUAACGAAUUUCCGACUUGUGUGCUCUGUCCCAGCACGCCCUUCUUCUUCCUCUACCUCGUCUCCUUCUUAUUCGGCAUAUUCAAAAUUCAACUCCCUGCACACGGAAGACCUCGACCUUGCUGACGGCUACUCGUACUUCAUCAUCGCGGGUCUGCUCUCCCUCGACUGGCAUAAUGUUUUAGUGAGCCCCCUCCAGGUCACUAUGCCGAUAUUGAUUUGGAGUGCUACUGUGCUUCUACCAAUUGCGCAUUGGCUCUUUAAGACGUUUUCCCCGGGGAUAUACGUGAGAUACAGGCAGGCGAGGAGGUUGCAGGCGGAGGAGUUGUGGAAAAUAAUGGGUCGAGAAGAGAGAGUGGGCGAUGUUGAGGCCGGAGGGGAAGCUGUAGGAGGGGAUGUAGAAGAAGGAAUUGAUGAGGAGACACCAUUGAGGAGAGACGAAGGGAGGGCAGGAUUAGAUGCUUAA